UGCAGAGGUAGAGGCCGAUUGUACACCCACCCGAGGUUGGUGCUUUGCGGCUGUCAAGGCAUUUAAACUUUGUACUUUCACUGCCGUGAAGUAUCUAUUAUUAAUUUUUAUUUUACGGGGUUUUAUCGUGUGGGAUUUCAGUAAAAUUGGUGAAGAUGUCUCUUCUUAAGACCAUUCGUCCUCUAAAUUUCUUAGUUCAACAUCGUAUUCGGAAUAAUGGGUUUCGUCAAAUGUCGUCUGGAAGCGAGAAACUUACUUCUCUUCAAGUUAAUGAAUCAACAGGAAUUGCUAUUUUGUCUAUGAACCGAUUACCCGUUAACGGACUCAACUUGGAAUUACUGGCUGAAAUUCGUGAUGCGUUAGAACAACUAGAAUCGAAUAAAUCCAGAGGGCUGAUACUGACAUCGGGGUCUAAAACAGUGUUUUCAGCAGGCCUUGAUAUCCUGGAGAUGUACAAACCAAAGAAAGAACGGGUAACUGAAUAUUGGAAAACACUGCAAGAUGUUUGGUUGAAGCUAUACGGAUCGAAUUUCCCAACAGCGGCUGCUAUUAACGGCCAUUCUCCAGCUGGCGGUUGUCUGUUAGCACUAUGUUGCGAAUAUCGUGUCAUGUGUCCAAAUUUUACGAUCGGUCUGAAUGAAACUAAAUUAGGAAUCGUGGCCCCUAAAUGGUUCCAGGCUUCAAUGCGAAACGUUAUUCCAACACGCAUUGCGGAAUCUGCAUUGACUCUAGGAAAGAUGUUCACAACAGAUGAGGCUUUGAAAAUCGGUCUAAUCGAUGAAGUAGCUAAAGAUAAGGCGGAGGCAAUUGACAAGUGUAACAAGUUUCUUAUGGAAUUCCAAAAAAUCAGCCCAACAGCGAGAGCCAUGACAAAACAAGUAUUUCGUUCGAAAGAUAUUCUAGACUUGGAAGAUAAUAGAGAUCAAGAUUUGCAACAAUUUUUAUUCAUAGUCAAUCAACCGCAAGUACAAAAGGGAUUAGAAUUGUAUCUUGAAAGUUUAAAGAAGAAACAAUAAUAUUUUUUAA